CCUUAACGAUCUUUGCCAUUUUAAUGUGAUAAGUCAACAAAGAUGGAGGUUCCGCUAGAGCAGCAAAUGAAUGAAAUCAUGUCCCAGCCGGGCGUGACGGGUGUACUGUGCACAGACAAGCAGGGACUGGCCUUAGCCUCCCAGGGCAACCUAAAGCCGGAGGUGGCUGGUCUGGUUGCAGGCCUGGCUAGCAAGGCCACCAAACUCAGACAUGGAACUGGAGCUGAUGACAUCCCAGUGGUCUCCGUGGAGAGUGAUGCAGGUAAUCUACUGAUAAGAUCUCACGGGAACUCUACCCUCGCUAUUCACAAAGUAUAGAGAAAACUCAUGCUCUAAAUUAUUGGGACGUUGUGAUGUGUUUUUAUGAUUUAUUUGUACCAGGUGCAUAAAAUUAUUGUGCAAAAAAUGUUUGUUAGGUAAA